AUGGUAGAGUUCUCCGGCGCGAAGCCCUUUGCUUUAAUAAUGAAAAUCCGCCCCUGUUCAAUAGCUCUACUUCUCUAUGCCGUCUCGCCAAACCCGGAUGCUUCCCCCACUUUGGCCGGUGCAUGGCCGGGAUGGUGGACCUGCUUACAGCGCGCCAAGACCCGGCGAUCCGAGACUCGGGUGGGUGCCCGUCGUGCUAAACCAGAUCAUUGA